AUGCUGCAGCUGUUGACAUUCCUGGUGGAGAAGCUCUCUCUCCUCUCCAACUUUAAACUGUUUGAGUCCAGCUGGUUGGACGGUGAGGAUCAAGAACGCCCCGAGCAUCGCCGUCCAACGCCGCCCCCCGGGAGAGGAGACCUGCUUGAGGUCCCAAGAACCAUUUUCACCCACUACGGUAUUUACCUGGGUGACAAUAAGGUAGCUCACCUGAUCCCUGACAUCCUCCCUGUGCUCACAAACGACAAGGAGCUCAUCGGUUCAGUCAUAUCAAACAAAAGACUCAUCCUCGGCUGCAUGUACAGGUGUGCCACGGUGCGCGUGGACACACUGGAGGAUUUUGCGUAUGGCUGCAACAUACUGGUCAACCGUAUGGAUGAGACGAUGAAGGCGCAAGCGUUUCCCAACGAAGAUGUGGCCAAGAGAGCUGAAAAACACAUCGGAGCAAUCCCCUACAGUCUGCUGUGGAAUAACUGUGAACACUUCGUGACAUACUGCAGAUACGGAUGUGCAUCGAGCAUACAAACAGAGAAGUUCUGUGAGUGUCUGAAGUCAGUCAUCAGAGACCAGCGCAGCAUAAUUGUUACAGGACUGCUUGGAAUUGUCUCCAUGGUCUGUUUUGGUAUGGCACCUGCAACUACAUUACCCACAGUUCUUAUCCCCUUCACUCUGUGGAUGGCUGGUUAA